GCGGCGAAGGAACAAAGGUAAAAAAGAGCUGGCUACAAGACGGCAGCAGAAAACAUUUCCCCCCAUUUCUUCCUCUUCUUCAAUGGCGGGACCAAUUUAGGUUUUUUUACAUGGACCUAAGCUUUGGGUGUUUUUCAGCAUGUUAGUGUUAGUGAGGGCUAUUUCUCUUGACUUACCACUAUGGCAUCGCAUUCUUGAAAUUCUGAGGGGAAUUUCUAUUAUGAAGUCAAUCCGGAUGACUACUAGAAGAUUUCAUGUUGUUCCACUGUCAAGCAAAUGUGGGACAAGCUAGAAAUCACAUAUAAAGGUACGGAUCAUGUCCAAGAAGCUAAAAUAGAUUUUUUAACCCACGAAUAUGAAUUAUUUCUUAUGAAGGAGAACGAGAAAAUCAACGAUAUGUUUGAACGAUUUGCAAAAUUCAUAAACGAUCUUCGCGCUCUCAAGAAGACACAUACGGGCAAGGAGCUUGCGAGAAUAAUCGUAUGGAGUCUCACACCGGAGUGGCGUUCCAAGGCCAAUGCUGUUCAAGAGUUCAUCGGCAUCACCAACGUUACCAUCGAUGUGACGAAGAGAACGAGUUCGGGCUCGUGAUUAAGAAGUUUCAUAAGUUCAUGCAUAAAGAGUAUGAACAGAGAGGAAAGAAGCUAAGCAAGAAGGACCACCCAAAUGCUAUGG